UUUCUCUCGGCUCUUCCUCUCCCUCGUCGUCGUCCUCCUCCCCUCCAGCCGCUGGGAUCCGCGGGUCGGACGAGCCGCCGCCUCCUUCUCUGCGUCCAUGUAUGAGGGGAAGAAGACGAAGAACAUGUUCCUGACCCGGGCCCUGGAGAAGAUUUUGGCCGACAAGGAAGUGAAGAAGGCGCAUCACUCCCAGCUGCGCAAAGCGUGCGAGGUGGCGUUAGAGGAAAUAAAAGCGGAAACUGAAAAGCAGAGUCCUCCUCAUGGAGAAGCAAAAGCUGGAUCAAGCACCCUUCCACCAGUGAAAUCAAAGACAAAUUUUAUUGAAGCAGACAAGUACUUCCUCCCCUUUGAAUUGGCAUGCCAGUCCAAAUGUCCCCGCAUAGUCAGUACGUCUCUAGAUUGUUUACAGAAACUUAUUGCUUAUGGGCACUUGACUGGCAAUGCUCCAGAUAGUACAACACCAGGCAAAAAAUUAAUUGAUAGAAUUAUUGAAACAAUUUGUGGCUGUUUCCAAGGUCCUCAAACAGAUGAAGGAGUUCAGUUACAAAUAAUAAAGGCUUUACUAACUGCAGUAACAUCUCAACACAUAGAAAUUCAUGAAGGAACUGUACUGCAAGCUGUGAGAACAUGUUACAAUAUAUAUCUAGCAAGCAAAAAUCUCAUCAAUCAGACAACAGCCAAAGCUACUCUCACUCAGAUGUUAAAUGUUAUCUUUGCACGCAUGGAAAACCAAGCAUUGCAGGAAGCCAAACAAAUGGAAAAAGAAAGGCAUCGACAGCACCACCAUCUGUUGCAGUCUCCAGUAAGCCAUCAUGAGCCUGAAUCACCUCAACUCAGAUACUUGCCACCUCAGACUGUUGACCACAUAUCCCAAGAACACGAAGGGGACCUUGAUCCCCAGACAAAUGAUGUGGACAAAAGCCUUCAGGAUGAUACAGAGCCCGAAAAUGGAUCUGAUAUUUCCAGUGCAGAAAAUGAGCAGACUGAAGCUGAUCAGGCAACUGCAGCUGAAACAUUGUCUAAAAAUGAUAUAUUAUAUGAUGGAGAAAACCAUGACUGUGAGGAAAAGCCACAAGACAUUGUACAGAGCAUUGUAGAAGAAAUGGUGAACAUUGUUGUUGGAGAUAUGGGAGAAAGGACUACCAUAAAUGUAAGUGCAGAUGGCAACAAUGGAACCAUAGAGGAUGGUAGCGACAGUGAAAAUAUUCAAGCAAACGGAAUUCCAGGAACACCGAUUUCUGUUGCUUAUACACCGUCCUUACCUGAUGACAGAUUGUCUGUCUCUUCCAAUGAUACUCAGGAAUCUGGAAACUCUUCAGGACCUUCACCUGGUGCUAAGUUUUCCCACAUUUUACAAAAGGAUGCCUUUCUAGUAUUCAGGUCAUUGUGUAAACUGUCAAUGAAACCACUAUCGGAUGGACCACCGGAUCCAAAGUCUCAUGAGUUACGAUCCAAGAUUCUUUCACUGCAGUUACUUCUAUCCAUUCUGCAGAAUGCAGGACCUAUUUUCAGGACAAAUGAGAUGUUUAUUAAUGCUAUAAAGCAGUAUCUGUGUGUUGCACUCUCAAAAAAUGGAGUUUCAUCUGUCCCAGAGGUUUUUGAGCUUUCUCUUUCCAUAUUUCUUACUUUGUUGUCAAACUUCAAGACACAUCUGAAGAUGCAGAUUGAGGUGUUCUUUAAAGAAAUUUUCCUAUAUAUUUUGGAGACCUCCACCAGCUCAUUUGACCACAAAUGGAUGGUUAUUCAGACAUUAACAAGGAUUUGUGCAGAUGCUCAGAGUGUAGUGGAUAUAUAUGUAAACUAUGAUUGUGACUUAAAUGCAGCAAACAUAUUUGAACGACUAGUAAAUGAUCUGUCAAAAAUUGCCCAAGGACGAGGCAGUCAAGAACUUGGUAUGAGUAAUGUUCAGGAACUGAGCCUAAGGAAAAAAGGCUUAGAAUGCUUAGUGUCAAUUUUGAAGUGCAUGGUUGAAUGGAGCAAGGAUCAGUAUGUGAAUCCCAACUCACAGACAACCCUUGGUCAGGAAAAACCCUUAGAGCAAGAGACGAGUGAAAUAAAACACCCAGAGACAAUAAACAGAUAUGGAAGUUUAAAUUCCCUGGAGUCAACGUCAUCAUCAGGAAUAGGCAGCUACAGCACACAGAUGUCUGGCACUGAUAAUCCGGAGCAGUUCGAAGUCCUCAAGCAACAAAAAGAAAUAAUAGAACAAGGGAUAGACUUAUUUACUAAGAAACCAAAGAGAGGAAUCCAGUAUCUUCAAGAACAAGGGAUGCUUGGCACCACCCCUGAAGACAUUGCCCAGUUCUUACACCAAGAGGAAAGAUUAGACUCAACUCAAGUGGGUGAAUUCCUGGGAGAUAAUGAUAAAUUUAACAAAGAAGUCAUGUAUGCUUAUGUGGACCAACAUGACUUUUCAGGAAAAGAUUUUGUUUCAGCCCUUCGUAUGUUUCUGGAGGGAUUCCGUCUUCCAGGGGAAGCUCAGAAAAUUGAUCGAUUAAUGGAAAAAUUUGCUGCAAGAUAUCUAGAAUGCAACCAAGGACAAACCCUUUUUGCUAGUGCGGAUACUGCUUAUGUUUUGGCUUAUUCAAUUAUCAUGCUGACCACAGAUCUUCACAGUCCACAGGUUAAAAAUAAAAUGACCAAGGAACAGUACAUUAAGAUGAAUAGAGGCAUCAAUGACAGUAAAGAUCUCCCUGAAGAGUAUCUGUCAGCCAUCUAUAAUGAAAUAGCUGGAAAAAAGAUAUCAAUGAAAGAAACGAAGGAGCUGACAAUCCCUGCAAAGUCAAGUAAACAGAACGUAGCCAGUGAAAAACAAAGAAGACUCCUGUAUAACUUAGAGAUGGAACAGAUGGCCAAGACCGCUAAAGCUCUCAUGGAGGCUGUGAGCCACGUUCAGGCACCUUUUACGAGUGCAACACAUUUGGAGCAUGUGAGACCCAUGUUUAAGCUGGCUUGGACCCCUUUUCUGGCUGCAUUCAGUGUGGGUCUACAAGACUGUGAUGAUACUGAAGUAGCCUCUCUUUGCCUGGAAGGUAUAAGAUGUGCAAUCAGAAUUGCGUGCAUUUUCAGCAUUCAGCUGGAAAGAGAUGCAUACGUCCAGGCACUGGCAAGAUUUACCUUACUCACAGUGAGUUCUGGGAUUACUGAAAUGAAGCAGAAGAACAUUGACACAAUCAAAACGCUUAUCACAGUGGCUCAUACAGAUGGAAAUUACUUAGGAAAUUCAUGGCAUGAGAUUCUGAAGUGCAUCAGUCAGCUGGAGCUUGCUCAACUUAUAGGAACUGGAGUGAAGCCUCGGUACAUUUCUGGAACAGUACGAGGCAGAGAAGGAUCACUUACUGGAGCGAAAGAUCAGGCUCCUGAUGAAUUUGUGGGGCUAGGGCUAGUUGGAGGAAAUGUGGACUGGAAGCAGAUAGCAAGUAUUCAGGAAUCCAUUGGAGAAACCAGUUCUCAAAGUGUUGUUGUUGCUGUAGAUAGAAUAUUUACAGGGUCCACAAGGCUAGAUGGAAAUGCCAUUGUGGAUUUUGUCCGUUGGCUCUGUGCUGUGUCUAUGGAUGAAUUACUUUCUACUACGCAUCCAAGAAUGUUUAGUCUGCAAAAAAUAGUAGAAAUAUCAUAUUACAACAUGGGAAGAAUAAGAUUGCAAUGGUCUCGAAUUUGGGAAGUUAUUGGAGAUCAUUUUAAUAAGGUUGGCUGUAAUCCUAAUGAAGAUGUAGCUAUUUUUGCAGUAGACUCCCUGAGGCAGCUGUCAAUGAAGUUCUUAGAGAAAGGGGAGCUUGCUAAUUUCAGAUUCCAGAAGGAUUUCUUAAGACCUUUUGAACAUAUAAUGAAACGGAACAGGUCUCCAACGAUUCGCGAUAUGGUUGUACGGUGUAUAGCACAGAUGGUUAACUCUCAAGCUGCUAACAUUCGGUCCGGAUGGAAGAACAUCUUCUCUGUAUUUCAUCUUGCUGCAUCAGAUCAAGAUGAAAGCAUAGUUGAGCUUGCAUUUCAGACAACGGGACAUAUUGUCACCCUUGUGUUUGAAAAACACUUUCCAGCGACCAUUGAUUCUUUCCAGGAUGCAGUGAAAUGUUUGUCUGAAUUUGCGUGCAAUGCAGCUUUCCCAGAUACAAGUAUGGAAGCAAUCCGACUUAUUCGCCAUUGUGCAAAAUACGUGUCUGAUAGACCUCAGGCUUUCAAGGAGUACACAAGUGACGACAUGAAUGUGGCACCUGAAGACAGAGUGUGGGUGAGAGGCUGGUUCCCAAUUCUCUUCGAGUUAUCAUGUAUCAUCAAUAGAUGCAAAUUAGAUGUAAGAACCAGGGGUUUAACAGUAAUGUUUGAAAUAAUGAAAACUUACGGCCACACAUAUGAAAAACACUGGUGGCAGGAUUUAUUUAGAAUUGUUUUCAGAAUCUUUGACAACAUGAAAUUGCCAGAACAGCAGACAGAGAAAGCCGAGUGGAUGACGACAACAUGUAAUCAUGCGCUCUAUGCGAUCUGUGAUGUGUUCACCCAGUAUUUAGAAGUGCUCAGUGAUGUCCUUUUGGAUGACAUUUUUGCCCAGCUCUACUGGUGUGUGCAGCAAGACAAUGAGCAGUUGGCACGAUCUGGUACAAACUGCUUAGAGAAUGUUGUUAUUCUGAAUGGUGAAAAAUUUACACUAGAAAUCUGGGAUAAAACCUGCAACUGCACACUGGACAUCUUCAAAACCACAAUCCCACAUGCGCUCUUGACCUGGCGUCCCAUUUCUGGAGAAACUGCUCCCCCCACCCCAUCUCCUGUGAGUGAAAACCAGUUGGAUACAAUAUCACAGAAAUCUGUAGAUAUUCAUGAUUCUAUUCAACCAAGAUCGGCAGAUAAUAGACAGCAAGCUCCGUUGGCUUCUGUCUCUACUGUGAAUGAAGAAAUCAGCAAAAUUAAACCCACAGCAAAAUUUCCAGAACAAAAAUUGUUUGCCGCCCUGUUGAUUAAAUGUGUUGUGCAGCUGGAACUCAUCCAGACUAUCGACAACAUCGUGUUCUUCCCCGCCACAAGUAGGAAGGAGGACGCGGAAAACUUAGCCGCGGCGCAGAGAGACGCUGUGGACUUUGAUGUUCGAGUGGACACUCAAGACCAAGGAAUGUAUCGCUUUUUAACAUCACAACAACUCUUCAAGCUACUGGACUGCUUGUUAGAGUCACACAGAUUUGCAAAAGCUUUCAACUCCAACAACGAACAGAGGACAGCUCUGUGGAAGGCGGGCUUCAAGGGCAAAUCCAAGCCCAACCUUCUGAAGCAGGAGACGAGCAGUCUGGCCUGCGGGCUGCGCAUUCUCUUCCGGAUGUACACAGAUGAGAGCCGGGCCAGCGCCUGGGAGGAGGUCCAGCAGAGGCUCUUAAAUGUCUGCAGCGAAGCGCUCAGUUACUUUCUUACUCUAACGUCGGAAAGUCAUCGGGAAGCCUGGACUAACUUACUGCUCUUAUUUCUGACUAAAGUCCUGAAGAUCAGCGAUAAUAGGGACCCCGGAGCUGAGGUUUCCUACAUGAAAAAUGGUUUCUCUGGAUUGCUGUGUCUAAAGGUUACUUCUAAGAAGCUUAGAAUUUCAGUUCGAACCUGCAGUGCUCCCGUCCAUCCCUUUUGUAACCUGGUGGAUUCUGUUUGUCGUGUUGGGCUCACAAGCAAAAAACCUGUUCCCACAGUGUCAGCUUGUAUGCUCACAUGUCCUUCCCUGUUCUCAGUGGCAGGGAGAGCCCUACAUAUUUCUGGCAGGUAUGGAAGUGAAACUUACCCAAAGAACUCUAGAUGUAAAGAUUUGAACUUCUGCAAGAAGUACAACUCAGGAGAGCUGUAUUUUGAAGGAUAAAAUGUUUAUAAUUGGGGGUUGGGGGGAGAAGAAGAAAUUAUUGUUCAUGGUAAAAGUUAUUUAGCAACUAUGGUAUUCUUAUUCUGAAGAUUUUUGCACACUCAGGCUAUCUGAGAUACUGGUAAUGAUCCUUCUGUGAAAAAUGUACAGAGAUGCAGGUCUGUAAUAUAAAAAUCUUAAGACAUUAUAGAGUUCUUCCUGCACUGUUUUAUUUCUUUAUUUUCUUAUUCAUUUGCUAAAUACCUAUAAUAUUUUGUCAAAUGCACUAAACAUUUGGGUUGAACUUCUUGUCUUUUUUAUUUCGUGGGGAUUUGGUUUUACCCUUUUUACAGGGUGGUUAUUUUGAGGGUUUAACAUGCCCAGAAGCUGUUGUGGCUGACACUUGUCAUGAUCAACACCAACAAAGGUGGAACAUACCCCUGCUGAUGUACCUACCUGUAAUACACUUCUCUUAGGGCUUUGAAAGAUGAGCCAUUAAAAUAGAAUGAUCCUUCGUGGACCGAAACUUGAAUCACUGCAGAAUGAAUCUCGGUUGCUGUCACUUCCUUUUCUUUUCUUUUGGGUGGUGGGGCUUGAUGUAGAUUUCACUCUAUGUACAGAAUUUAAUGUUGAAUAUAUUAAAAUAACAAAUCUGGCAUGGUUUGGGGAGGUUAGAUUUACUGGAAACGUAUUCAUACUGUGAAUUGUGCUCUGAUGGUUAAAAAAACAAGAUUGUCAAGCAUUCCGUAUUAACAGUGGAUGUAGAAAAUUUUUUCAGAUGGAUAAAAUGUAUAUGGUACAGAUGUAAAGUUUUCUAUGUAAAAAAUUCUGUACAACUUUCUGUACAAUAUUGAUUCUCAUCUGGCAUAUUCUAAUCAGG